AUGGCUUUACCCAUCAGAGGAGCAAAGGACAGUUCGUAUAUAUUCGCGCUGACUGUUGAGCAGAAGGAGUACUUCGGUUACUGUUACUUUUUCAUUUCCUCGAAUGCACGCUCCUCCAAGAGGCACUGGCGGCAGCGCUCGGUGUGCGUUUUGAGUAGUUACCUGCAGCCGGCGUUUUUCGUGCCGCUAUGCAAAGCGACUGGUCUAUUACUACAGCGGGAAGGUCAGGACUUCAAUUCGUUGAUGCCAGAGCUUUCGCAGGCGAUCAAUUUAGUUGAAACUGUCGGGUUGACGGAGGGUCUCCAAGUCUUCCAGCUGAAGACACCCCUCGCCAGUGCCUGUCUCGUGAUACACGCCGAACACAUCGGCUGUCAAUCCCCGAGUACUGAAGUCCCCGUCGAAGAGUAUUCCGCCGGCAAUACGUCUUGCAGAAGAACGCCUAGAGGAACUCGUAGAGGAACUCCUAGAGGAACGUGUGAAGACCUGAGCGGUCAGAAGCUUACUGGUCAGGACACCAGCAGUGAAGCUUUAGUUGGAGGCCUCGUUGACAAUUCCAGUCAGGAACUAGCUAACGCAAAGACUACCGCCACGGCUGACCCCGACUCUGCCCGCGAAAAGCAGUCCAAGGCGCCCGACGAAAGCCGUUUAGGCGAUAAGAAGUCCCAGCCCCGGAGGCGGCGGGUCUCUCUUGAGUCCGGGUCGUCGAGUCGCUUGGCACGGCCGGCGGAGGACGGCGAGGUCACGGAUUUCUUCAGCGCCGAAGAAGACCAAACCGACGAGGAGGAUCCGGCGGCUGGCCAGGAGGAGACGGAAGCGGAGGGAGAUAGGGCUGGAGGCAACCACAAGGCAACCAACGAUAAUACCAACCUCAAGCUGGCGGAGUUGUUGGAGGUCUUGGGGAAAGAGGAAAGGAGUUUGCGCGUUACGAAAAUGGACAGUUGGGACGAGGCUUUUCUGAGGGACGAGAAACACGUGGUAACGGAGGGUAGGUUUGCUCUUUAUUUGCCGUCAGUGUUGGUGGUGGAAAGUCUUGGUCCAAAGCUGUUGCCAGCAGUAUUCUGUAUCUGGGAGCAAGUCGUACGUAAUCAUACGAUUUGCGUCAUCGGACCGGACCCUGACCGUGUGAGUCAGUUGGUGUUGAGUCUGGUGGCGAUGGUGGCGCCUUUGAUCCGGAACAUUAAGGAGUCGUGUCUGCCGCUGGUUGACGCACCGUUUAUGGCUUCUGAGAUCAAGACCAAAAUUCUAUCUCGACGACAGACCGUUUCGGGUCCGUUGGUGACUCAACACAUGAACAUGACGAGUCGACGUGUGCCCCAAGGAAGUCAGCAGGCGGCGAGUGGACGUUUCAUGUCAGGUCCACUGGCUGCCGGUCGUCAUCACCUGGCGCGACUCGGGAGUCCUCGCACCCCGGCUUCCAGUGUGGAGAGGUCGCCGGAGGAGGCGUACAUCGUGGGUACGACGAACCUGAGCAUUCUGGAGCAUUUGGAGCACGUGGUGGACUGCGUGGUGAUCGUGGACUGCCACUGGGACCGAACGAGUUUGCCAGCCACAAUCCUGAGCUGCGGAAAUACGCGCCCUCUGUCUACCCAUAAAUUCGCUAAGGCACCCACCACCUGGCUGAAGACGGCUGUCGGCCAGACAGCCGGCGUCGUGAACAGCAGCUAUCUCUAUUGCGCCAGCGACCCCAGUCUCAGCAGCGACCAGCCCGUCACUGGCGUUUGGUUGCGGGAAUCUAGCGCGAUUUCUGUCGACAAUCACAAGGCACUGCUGCACGACUGUUGCGGCGGCUCUGUGGCCAAACUGACGGCGGCACUAACGCCAGACCUAGUUAUGACCUACGAACAAAAACUGCGGGACUUCAUGUACGACCUAACCAAGCAGUUUUUGACGCCCUUCCUCCCUCUGGUCAAAUGCGAUCUCAGGUCACUGCGUCUGAACCCCUUAAUGAAAUUACAAAGACGGCCAAUCCUUGAUAAACACACGUACGGCAAACAAUUGGCUGAAAUCAAUGCACGUUCUCCGACCAAUAACGAACGCCUCCGAAUAACCGCCGGGCCUUCCGCCAGCACAGUGGAGGGUUGCUUGCCGGAGGGUCGCUUGCCGCAACUCAGUGCUCCCUCACCAAUCUUCAACAAGAGCAAACAAAAUCGCAUUCACAGCUUCUACUGUGAAUUCUUUCAUAGCAAGGUUUUCGACCUUUGGUUCAACUACGAGAGCUUGCGCUCCUUCAAAGUCAUGCGGAGAAGGCAAGUUGACAUCCUUCAACAGGAAAAACUUGACCUCAAAGAAUUCGCCGCUAUCGAGCUGGAAAAUGGUGCUCAAUAUAUCAAGGACUCUCUUCCAGAGUGUAGCGAUCUUUGCGAAAAAAUCUAUGCAGAGCUCCAACGACGCGAGAGGUAA